AUGUCCACCUACCUGUCUGAUACUCAUAUUAACGGGUUCAAUUCAGAUGUUAUACUGGAUCUUCUUCUCUCCUUUAGGAAGGAGCUUAAAGCAAAUUAUGAUGUAAAAGUCUCAGUGAAUGACAUUGUCAUCAAAGCUGUUGCUAUUGCAUUGAGAAAUGUAUCAGAAGCAAAUGCUUACUGGGAUGCUGCAAAGGGUGAAAUAAUUUUUAUCGAUUCAGUUGACAUAUCUAUUGCAGUCGCUACUGAGAAGGGCUUGAUGACUCCAAUUAUUAGGAAUGCAGAUCAAAAGUCCAUAUCAUCAAUUUCCCUAGAGGUCAAGGAUCUUGCUGAAGAGGCACGGGCGGGAAAGCUUAAGCCAAAUGAGUUUCAAGGUGGCACAUUCAGCAUUUCAAACUUGGGGAUGUUUCCUGCUGGUAUUCUUGCUGUCGAUAGGGGUAAUCAAGUUGUUGAACCAGUUGUUGGAGAUGAUGGGGUCGAGAAGCCUGGCGUUGUCACAAGAAUGAAUUUAACAUUGCCUGCUGACCAUCGUGUUUUUGAUGGAAAAGUUUGGAGUGUGUAG